CAUUCCCUCUCCUUCAAUUCCACUCUCUCAUCCAACACACAAACAACAUCUAAGGUUAAAUUUUUAUCAUCAUUUUCUUGUCUAUAAUAAAUCUCACAAAACAGAACACUCUGUUAUCCUCUGUUUUCCCCUGCAUCCCUAGUGUUUUCAAUUUUGUUCUCAUUUUCACAAGCUUUUACCUUACCAAUUUUGAACUACUCAAGCUAAAAAAUGGCUGCAAUAGUGUGCCAUGGAUUAUCUUCAUGUCUUGAUUCACAACUAGUUGAAUCAAGAAUCCAUAAUCUUCGUUUACCUUCACCAAAACCAUUAACCCCUCAACCUAUUGAUUUACCUUUCAAGAGUUGUUUUUGGGAAUCAAAUAACAAACCCAAUUGUGAAGACAACAUUAAUAAAAGCAACACUUUAAAAUCCAAUUCCAAUGAAGAUAGUUGGAGUUCCAUUCAAGCACUUUCAAAAUCCAAUGUCUUCCAAGUAACUAAAGAAAAAGAACAAAACUAUGUUGAUCCCAAUGUGAAGCUUUCAUGGCUUCAACUUAGCCCUAAAAGUUUGGAACUUUGCACUGAGAAUUUAGGGAAUGAAACAGGUACUGAUAUUCCAGAGAGUGGCUUUGAAUUCUUCUCUUCAACCACCAUUGAAGAGAAAAAAGAGCAAAGAAAAAGUUCAUGUCAAAAUUUGGUAGGUGAGAAAGUGAGAACAAAGAAUUUUCCACCACCUUUGAAGAGUAUGAGAGGAUCAGAAUCUCUAAGAGUUAGACCUCAUAGAGAAGAUGGAAGGUUAGUGAUUGAGGUUACAAAAGUUCCAUCAAGUGGUUCUUGCUUCCAAGCAGAAAGAAGCAAUGGACGCCUUCGCCUUUCGUUUUGGAGUGACUCUCAAGAAGAUGUUGAAGACAAUCAAGAUUUUGAAGAAGAGUUUAAAACUCAAAUGAGCGAAAAAAGAGAAGAUGAUGAAGAAGAAGGCGAAGAAGAAGAAGAAGAAGAAGAAGAAGAAGAAGAAGAAAGUAUUGAUAAUGAGAAUGAGGAGGGAAAGACACGUGUCGGUGAGUGUAUUAUAGAGAGAAAAGUCAACGGUUGGAAUAUUGAGAAUGAAGUGAGAAUGGAAAAUUAUGAGAGGGGAAGUAGAAGGAGAUGCAAAGAAGGUAAACAUGAAAACAAUGAAAUGUUGGUAAAUUGGGGGGAACCUAUUUGGUUAGCAUUGGCAACUUCAUAAUUUGGAUCUAUCUCUCAAUGUAAUCAUAAUAAUGUAAAACAAUUUUUUUUUAAAAAUAAUUUUUAUGUUUGUACUUUUCUGAAUAUCCCUUUUGUUUUGGCUAGCCGUUUUUGUUUACUACUAAUGAAUUCCAAGUGUUUUUUAUUUGUUCCUUAAAAA